CUAACGAAGAUCUGCAUGAUUUGGGCUUAGCCUUUUCUCUUUUUUUCUCCCCCAAAUAUCGCUUAAUCGAGAUUGCUAGGGUUUCUCCGUUUCGAUCUUCGCUGCGGUUUAACAUCUAUGGAUUCGAUUCUGUGCUAGUAUAUUCAUCUCUGAUUCAUUGAUCGCCAAUUUCGCACCGAUUCGCUUCAUUAGGUUCCAUCAGUGUCUUUUCUGAUCGGCUUCGUCUUGGUGAAAGGACGCCGAGCAUUCUUCUUCUUUAUUCCGGGAAAAGGUAAUGGGUUUCGCGCGAAAAUCUGUGGGGAGCUUCUGAGUCAUUCAAGUUGCGUCUUUUUUGUUUUCCUACUCGUCUACGCGUUGCUUUCUAGAUUGUACUUGUGAAGUUGUGUACACAUCUGUGCAAUCGAUGGGGAGAAGGCCCGUUAUUUUCUUAUGUAAGUGAUUUUGAUAUCUCUGGCUGGUUUAAUGAGGAAGAAGCGGAAAGGUAGUGAAACUGAGGGCUGGGAGAAAUUACCAGAGGAUUUGUUAUGUUCAACUGCAUCACGAUCAUCCAACUUCAGGUCGCACUUUUCACUCGAGGGUUAUGCUAGACUAAAGAAGCGGUGUAAGGAAAAUGAAGCUGUCGAGUCUGUUGGUUCCUUUAAGAGACGAAUUGCUGGUGUUGCUACCGCACCUCCUUGUGGUGCAUCGUCUUUGGUUUCAUCAGGAAGAGGGUUGAAGAGGAAGAUAGGGUGCAUAGAUGUUUCCACACAGACUGGUAGGAAGAAUAAAAUAGACGACGACUAUGUUUUUGGUCGGAAUAUUGGGAAAGGCAAAUUCGGGUCAGUCAGGAUCUGUAAGUCUAGGAAGAAUGGGACUGAGUUUGCUUGUAAAACUCUGAAGAAGGGGGAGGAGACAGUUCAUCGAGAAGUUGAGAUAAUGCAACAUUUAUCUGGUCAUCCUCGUGUUGUCACAUUACAUGCUGUAUAUGAAGAGUCGGACUGUUUCCAUCUUGUAAUGGAGCUGUGUUCAGGGGGUCGUUUGAUUGAUCAGAUGGUAAAGGUUGGCAGGUAUUCUGAGCAGCGAGCAGCUAAUAUAUUCAAGGACCUCAUGCUAGUCAUCAAUUAUUGCCAUGAGAUGGGAGUUGUGCACAGAGAUAUAAAACCAGAGAAUAUUCUCCUAACAGCUGCGGGGAAGAUACAGCUGGCUGAUUUUGGCCUCGCCAUGAGAAUUGCUAAAGGUCAAACACUGUCAGGAUUGGCAGGAAGCCCUGCUUAUGUUGCACCGGAAGUUCUUUCUGAAAAUUAUUCAGAGAAGGUCGACAUUUGGAGUGCAGGUGUCCUCUUAUAUGCUCUCUUGUCUGGUGUACUCCCUUUUAAGGGAGACUCAUUGGACGCCAUUUUCGAAGCAAUAAAAAACGUGAAGCUUGAUUUCAACUCGGGAGUGUGGGAGUCUGUGUCCAAACCUGCCCGUGAUCUCUUGGCAAGAAUGCUAACAAGGGAAGAAUCUGCCAGAAUCACAGCGGAUGAAGUACUAAGGCAUCCAUGGAUACUCUUUUACACAGACCGCACACUCAAGACCAUGUGUAUCAAGACGAAGCACAAGAGUCAAGCAGGAUCCCCUCCGUGCCUAAAGAAUCGCAGUCUCGUAGAGAAAACUGAUGUAAACAGAACUAACAGAGAAAAGAAGACAACAUCUGAUUCACCGACUGAUUCAUUCUCCAACACAGAGGAGGAAGAAGAUGAGAGCGGUGUGGUUGAUGUGCUUGUUGUUGCAAUCUCCAACGUGAGGAUCUCAGAACCAAAGAGAAGCAGAGUCUGUAGUCCCACCAAUAACCCCAUUGAGCAGCAACACUCUUCUAACUUGACCACGACUAAUACACUCUGCCGAGCUUUCUGAAAAAAAAAACAGCUUCUCAGACUUAUAACCCACACAAUGCACAUGGGCAUUUGUCCAAGCCACCACAAGCUACGGGUUCUCCACCAUCGUAGUGACUCUUACGGAUAAUAGCUCUCUAGUAGUUGGAUUUGAUAUGAUUCUGUGUUUUUCCCUCGUCUACAUCUCUGACUAUGUACAGAUCCUGUGAAUAGAAUAUGCUAAACAAAUGAUUGAUCCUGUUUUGGAUCGGAGUUAUCAAAAUAUCAUAUGUUAUUUCGGGUACU